AUGGAAAACUAGUUGCCAAUAAAAAAGAAAACAUAUCAUUCAGAGUCAUAGCAAGAAGAUAAGAACAAAUCUGGAAGCUAAAAGAUCUAAACUGAUAAGCUAUUUGCAAGCUUAUAGAAAAUAACCUUGCUGGAUAUUUUAGAUGAGUUUGCCAAAGAAUCAGAGAAUAAGAGUAUAACUGAAAUCUUAAAGGCCAUUCUUAACAAUGUAGAGAAUAAACAAAAGGAACCUGAGAGUAAAGUUGACUGGAAUACAGGAAAGUAUGAUAAACCAAACAAUAAUUAUUACUAAAAAUUUGAGUCAAAUAAUAAUUUUUAAAAUAAUAAAUUUAAAAAGAGAAAUACAGAAGGGGGUUGGAAUGACAAUCAAAAAAAUGAUUAUGGCAAUAAAGAAAAUGGAAGAGGAGGCUUCGAUAAAAAUGGAGGCAAUGAUAGGACUAAACCUUGGGAAAAUAAAGAUGGUAGAAAAGGAAACUUCUAGAGAGGAGAUAAUUGGAAAUAUAAUUAGGAAGGCAGAAAGAAUGGAGGAAAUAAUCCUAAUGGAGACUGGAAUAAUAAACAAGGAAAUGGAAAUAAUAAUAAUGAUUGGAAAUCAGGUGGAAAUAAUAAUGAUUGGAAAACAAAUGGAAAUAAUAAUAAUGAUUGGAAAACAAGUGGAAAUAAUAAUGAAUGGAAAUCAAGUGGAAAUAAUAAUGAUUGGAAAUCAGGAGCAAAUAAUAAUGAAUGGAAGGUUGAAGCUACAACUGAAUAGGCUCAACCAAUUUCUUGGGGAUCACCUAAGUGA